UUUCAAUUACCGAAAAAUCCUUAAAACUCUGGUGGCUUCUUUGGCUCUCUCUUCUCUCUUCUUUUUCACAGAUUUUGUGUUCUUGCCCAGCGAAGCAUAUUUUUGGAUUUUUUGCCCUCUCGAUUCUAUCCUAAGAAUAGGCGUUUUGUGGAUUCUAUUUAUCGGUAGCAGCAGAAGAAGAAGAAGGAGAAGAAGAGUCUAGAAAACUAUGGCGAUUUCUUCUCUCUCGGCUUCAACAAUUCCUUCUUUGAAGACACCGCACUCGCAGUUGAGUGCUAAUUUGAGUUGCUUGUCUUCGCUGCAGUUUCCAGCGCAGCUUCACAGGCUUCAGUUUGGGAACAGAGGGAUUUCCUCUCCUUCCAGGUCUCGAAUUUUGCCUCUGCUUGCAGCAAAGAAGCAAACAUUUUCCAACUUGGAUGAGUUAUUGGCAAAUGCUGACAAACCAGUCUUGGUUGACUUCUAUGCAGCCUGGUGCGGUCCAUGCCAGCUUAUGAGUCCAAUUCUUAAAGAGGUCAGUGCCAUCCUGAAUGACACAAUCCAGGUGGUGAAAAUCGAUACUGAGAAGUACCCUAGCAUUGCUGACAAAUACAGAAUAGAAGCAUUGCCUACAUUUAUCAUAUUUAAGGAUGGGAAACCUUAUGAUCGCUUCGAGGGUGCUUUCUCUAAAGAUAAGUUCAUUCAACGCGUAGAAAAUUCACUGCAAGUGAAGCAAUAGUUGAGGUUUUACGAAGAAUGCAAUAUGAAGACAUUACAUAUGAAUCUUACUAGGAAUGCCGCCCAUUCUUCCCCUCCCAGAAUGUUGUAAUGACUGUUUUUGUACCUAAAAAGAGUGACAAACACAAAUUCUAAUGGCAUAUUUGUUUGGAACUCCUGGAAUUUUGCAAAAUGGCUGUAUUUGUUUUGAAACUUGAUAAGAGAAGUUUUGCUCUUUUUGAUGGUUA